ACAUCAGCAAACAACAUCCAGGGAAACCCAGGAGAUAAAGUAAGGACCAACCUCGUCCAUCGGUCUCUGCUCCACAACCUCCUGCCACUGAGGCUUCCUCCCACUGCUGUCAAGAAACCAAACCGUGUCACCAUGAAAGUGGCCCUUGUUUUCGUUCUGCUCUUCGCCACAGUCCUCUGCCGGCCGGCGAGAAAAGUGUCUGUCAGCAGUUCAGAGAGCUCUGAGGAAGUGAAUAGAGCCCCAGCAGCUCCACCCCUCAGCCAAAAGGCAGCAGAGGUCCCUCAGUAUCGUGAAGCACCUGCAGAGAAUGCCGCAGUAGGCUCAGACGAGAGCACAGAAGGAUCAGAUGAGGACGAGCAGGCGGCCUCUGAGGAUGUCACAGACCCAACUUCAUUCCCAGAAUCGGCCUCUGACAACCAGGACAGUGAAGAUAGCGAUGAUGAUGAUGUCGAUGAUGAUGAUGACGAUGCAGAGGAGAGUGAAACCGAGGACGACGACACCAGUGAAAGCUCAGAGUCGGGCGAGUCCUCGACCCCGGCUCCCGCCACGGUGGAACCUGUGACUGUCACAGACGAGUCGCUGUCCGAAUUCACUGACGAGCCCAUCCUGCCUACCAUCGUCACCGACACGGACGCCGCCCGCGGUGACAGCUUGGGAGCCUACCCCGGCGACCACAAGUCCAUCGUUUACGUGGAGGACAAAUCCUACCACAAGGUCCCUUCUCCCUACAAGUCCUACGAGUUCAUGGGCAAAGGAAAGAAGAUGGCGUACGACAUGACGGAGGGCAAUGAGGUGGACAAUUCACUGAAGGUGUUCAAGGUUCUUCAUGUGCACAAUGACCUCCUGGAGGAAGACACCAGCACCCCUGAGGUGGAGAGCCAGAGUCUCGACGCCUCUCAGGACCAGGAGAUCAGCCCCCGUCAGGCGUCCAUCCCGGAAGAGGAGGACAGCACCGGUAACGCCGGCCCAGGCGAGAGCGAGAGCUCCAGCACUCCGGAGGAUGAGGAGGAGGAGGAGAAGCAGAAUGAAAGCACCAGCCAGGAGUCAGAGGCCGAGAACAGCCAGAGCAACGAGGAGACCGCGGACAGCGAAUCAGAUGAGAGCGCCGGGAGUGAUUCAGAUGAGGAUGGGGCGGGACUUGACACCACCACUGACCUGCCGGCCGUCCUCACAGCCAAAUAAGUUAGAUGGUAUUUGCUUGAAAUGGGAGUGGGCGGUGGUCUGAUAAAGGGCACAAGCUGCUCCCAGGUGCAACUCCCUCUCCCCCGGGUGAGGGGGACAGACAGGGACCACCAGACCUAAUUAUUUUUGAUAUAUUUGUUCACACAACAUUUCUUUUAUUAUUUGUGCAUCUUUGUGGGAAAGGAAAAAUGCUUUUCCUUCUGGGCUGUAUUUAAAUAAACCAAUAACUUCUGGUGUCCCUGGUAAAUCCCAUAUUUGAGUGGUUGGAUGUUGAAACUGACGACUGCAACGUGGAGGUUGACCGACCUCAUGACCUUUGUCCCUGCCUCUCUCCCCUCUGGUACUGUAGGGUUAAAGGUCAAUACUGGAAAAGAACUAAAGAAGAACAAAACGUCUAGUCCUGAUAUCUACACUAGCACAUCACAGCAUUUAAUCAUUACCUAAUAACUGCAACAUGCAAACCUACAUUGUUUUUGUCCUAAUAAGACAAGAGCUAAAUGUAACAUCUAUUUAAAUACUUGUAAACAUUUCAAGCAUAUAGAUAUUUCAUUUCAACAUGCCAUACAUUUGCAGCCUGUGUGGCCUAGCUUUGUUGCUUGUUAUAGUAUUCAUUCUGCUGGUAUAGAUAAAAAGGAUGUAAACAGAGAGAGAGAGAAACACCUAAUCAAUCACUGGGUGCAGUCAGGUAUAGAUGCAACACACAAAUACACACAAACACACAUCCUGUUCAUUUGCACAGUUACCUUCCUACACUACAUGUUGUUUGUCCCAUGUUGUUAUAUAUAUACUAUAAUGAAGUAUCGUAUUGGACCGUUUCUAAAAUAUGAAUAAAGUUC